CAGCGAUGAGAAGCCUCCACUGAGACGUGCUGUACUCCCCGAUAAUUUGGUGAGCAUCAGAGAUGAGAAGGACUGAUGGAUGAAUGCCAUUGAAUGGAAGGAUGUGCAUCUCAUCUCAUCUUCUUGCUGAUCUUUUUUUGCUUCAGGCGUUGUCGACCUAUAGCCAUGGCGGCUGCAGCGUCAUCUUCAUCCGCUGCUGCUGAUGAUGAUACUGUGGCCGGCUUGCCGCAGCCACCUGUGAGUGGCCUGUGAGUGAAUUCUUAAGACUGCACACACACACACAGAUCAUAUGCCACGCAUCACGGUUGUCUCUUAUUGUUUCAUCCAUCAGGCAAUGUCAUCAUCGAGUCGCGGCCGCCCCACCAGCCCUCAAGACCUGCUGCCCCUGCUCAUCAGCAAAGCCGCCCGCUCGAAUCCCACCAGACGCGCACUGAUCGCACAGAUUGCCAACGGCCCCUUCACUCAGCAACAGCUGCAGCUGGACCAUAACAAGGAGAGCAUCACCCGCACUGUGACCCAGGGCGUCAAGAAGCAAAUCGACGCCCAGCUCGUUGCCAAGGGCCUCAAGGACAUCGUCUCCCUCUCCGCUGACCUGACAUCGCUCGACGUGCUGCUGGACCUGGUAUACUUCAUCGACACGAGCGGCGAGCUGGCGGGCUGGGAGCCGAUCAUCAGGGUGGCCAAGCAUCAGGGGCGGGGAGGCGGGCAGUUGCCGAUAGAGCUGACCAGUGCUGAUGUGGAGGCGGUGGGCAGCCGGGCGGUCUACGACAGCCGGUGUGAGGCGCUGCGGCAGCUCUCGCUGAUCGGCCGGCACAUCGGUAUGACGCUCGGGCGCGACGAUGGCGAGGAACGGCUGAAUGGGCUUCGGCUGACCAUCCGCCCACUGCAGACACUGCCGGCCGACCAUCCCUUCCGCGAUGGAUACGACCCGGCCAACCCCGUGUGUGAGUAUCAUGGUGAGGGCGGGAGAGAAGGGGAGGACUAUAGGAGGGGGACCAUUGGGUGUGUGUGUGUGUAGGUUCUGAGUUUCCGUCCAUCCGCGACGCUGUGCUGUUUGAGUGAGAAAAAUGACACACGCGGACACAUAAACACAUUGGCUGCACCGCUCUGCCGUGAUGUGUCUGAUCAGGAUGCGUUGGGGAGGGUCGGAGGUCGUGUACCAGGAUGGCAACCGGUGGCACAAUGCCCCAAUCUACGACCGACUGGUCAGCCUCACACCCACAGACACACGAUUGCCUCACCAGCUGUCCCCCUCGCUCAUUGUCAUAUCUCACUUUCUCUUCAGCGGCAGCUCGCCUCUCAGGAGUCGCCCAUCUGGGGCUGUCACACCACCAGCACCAGACACUGGGCGGCAGCAGACUUCCGGCGCAUCAUAGUGCUGCACGGCGACCAGCCCGGCCACCACGUCGAGGCACACAUCGCCAUCAGCAGCUCCCCCAUAUAUGCCAUCGCCUACCUCUACACGACGAAGCCUCCGGUGGAUGGCAAGGAGGGAGCCGCCAGGUUCCGGUGGAUGGCAAGGAGGGAGCCGCCAGGUUCCCCCAGACAGUGACGGUGGUGCGGCAGGUGAUGGGGGCCGACGCACAGGUGGCGUUCGGCACCCAGCUGGCCUAGCUCUCCCCCCUGCAGCUGCUGGUGGUGGUGGUGGCCCCGCCCCUGCAGGUUACCACACCGCCCACACCCCUCCCCCCCGCCACCGCACACUUGCCUGAUGGACGACCCCCACGUGUGUGUCAUGCCUUGUGUGUCAGGACUGAUUCUGUGGUGCAGGUGGACAGGGUGGCGGCCUCUUUACAGAUGCGAUGUGUGAUUGAACCUUUACCUUCAAGGCGGUCGGUGUGCAAUCUCUGUCUGCCUGUCUACAGUCUGUCUGUGUGUGUGUGCGCAUACAGACAGGGA